AUUUUACGUUCACACGUCAUGGUGCGUGUUGGCGGUGGCUGGGAUACACUCUCUCACUAUUUGGAUAAACAUGAUCCUUGUCGUUGCAAGGCCCAACAUCGUUCUUCGGUGGCUGCACGUUUAAUACCGCGAGCCAAUCAACAAACAAAUGGUAUCGAACUACACAAGGCACAGGUGAUAUUUGAAAGAUCACCUCCCACUACACGCAAAAUGAUUUCAAACAUCAAUUCAAACACUACCAACGCAAAUACCUCAUUAGCUACGGCUACGCAACACUCUUCGUCUACCACAUCACUACUAUCGCCCGGCUAUGGAGGUCUCAAUAAAAAUCGCAGUCCUAGUCCCACAACCGCACAACGUCGUUACAAUAACAAUCAUCAAUCGGAUCACAAUUUGAAUAUGGAUAAAUUACAUCCUACAAACAACUCUCUGACUUCGCCCAAUUUGGCCAGACGUUCAAUGUCACCUAGUCCUAGACGUUUGAUUGAUAUGCGUAAGAAACAAUCAUCUUUGGAAUCUUAUGGAAAUAGUGGUCCCAAGUCUUUGCCCAUAACGGCUGAAAUUGUUAAUGGUGUUGGUGGUGAUUAUGGUGAUCAUGGUCAGAAUACGGAUGCAAGUGGUAAUAAUAAGUUUGAGAAUAUCAGUGAUAAUGGCAGUGAAAUCAGUGAUGAGGGUUAUCGCAGUUUGGGCGUUAUACAAUCGAAUGCCCAGAAGCGCGAAUCCCUACACAGUCAGGCUUCAACCGAUGACGCUGAAAAUAAUGCGCGUCAUGAUCAAACAUCAAGUGAUUCUCAACUUUCGCCCAGUGACGAAACAGCAACAACAACAUCACAAAAGACACCCGAAAAUAUGGAAAAUAUUUAUACACAAAACGAUGACAUGUUAAUGACACACAUUGAUGACAUUGGGCCACAAUCAUUGCCAGCUGUUUUGAAUGUGGCUGCAAUAGCCGCCAACUCUUUGCAGCAACAGCAACAACAACAAAUAUCAAAUAAUAAAUUUGAACAAUCAGGUGUUUUUAUAACUGACGAUGACAUAACCGUCGAUAUUGCCACAAAUACUGGCUUAAGGAAAACAGGAUUUUCAAAUAAAAUCUUUGGCCUUAACGAAGAUGAUGAUGGUACUGAUGUAACCGAUGCUAAAUUGUCAAUAUUAGAAACAAAUAAAAAAACACAAAAAGUUUCAAAAAUCACAACAAAACAAGCUGCAGCAGCAAACAACACAGCAUCAUCUAACAAUAAAAGUAAAAUACCAUUUUCACCCAUGGCCACACCACAAAGAAGACGAAGCAUUGACAAUAGCACUUGCCGUACCGGAAGUUUACAAGAUUUACACUCACGCACUGGUCUUCCAGUGUUUAGUCGUGCUAAGCCGGUUUAUAGAUCGGUAAGAAAACCACCCACAUCUAUAGGUGUAACCGCAGAGACUAGAAAGAGCAAAUCACCAGCACCCUCAGUAAACUCACAAACGCCAGUAGCUCGUGAUGUUACUAAUACCUGGAGUGGCAGAUCUGUUAUGAAUGGUGGACGUAAACGUCCUACUUUGUCAAGUGAUACCUUUACUCCUCAUACAAAUGGAGCUGCAGCUUCACCCUUUGAACGUAACUCUAAAACUAGAUCUUCGCAUAUUUUGUAUGAUAGCAAUGGACGCCGCAUUAAAGGCUGUACUGCCUCUUUAACUACUUCACCCACUAAAAAUCAUGCCAAUUCCCCCUUGGCCCAACAACUUUUAGAAGCGGCCAGCAGUGCUAAGAAUGAUGCCCAAAUAUUAGAGAAAAUGAAAACUUUACUUUUGCAAUAUUCCACAACCAACAAUAAGGUACAAACGACACCCCGUUCACAAAAUACCAAGAAAACCGAUUAUGAGGACUUCACUACCGCUUGGGUGCACAGUAAUGGUAAUUUAGAACGCUCCAGCAGUUGUUCACCACCCACUAAGUCACUGUCAAAACGUAGUUCGGCGGCCAGUUCUUGUGGCAGCACUCAUUCACGUGAUAUGUCUGUGGUGGUGUCACCACGUCGUGAACGUGGCAUGUCUAAGAUUCCAGCGCCUGUCCAGCGCCAACAUACUGAACUUUACUAACAAAGAAUGUCACCACAAAUCCGCCGCAUAGUCGGAUGUGAAAGAUUACCUAGAAAACCUUAGCAUUUAAGAAGACAAUUGUCAUCAUCUUCAUCAAAUUUGAAAUACUAAGAAAAGGAUCUAUCUAAGUUAAGUUGAAGGGUUAUGAAGUUUUGAUACUAUAUAGGAAAACAUUAAGGAUUUAGGAAUAAGAUUGGAUAUACACAUUAGUAGGUCAAUGAUGAAAUCAAAUAAUUAGUUAUACCGUGAUUUAUAGUAAAUUUAUGAAAUAGGAAAUAGAAAAUUGAGCUGGAUUUUGACAGGAAUUGAAAAUUAUAAAAGGGUUUAUAUUCAGACUAUAGAACAAUGCAUGGUUCAGACUAUGGGUCAAGCUAAAGAUGGGUCUACGAUUAUAGACUACGAUUCAGACUAUAGACAAGUCUAUGAUUCAAACUAUAGCCUAAUCUAUAAUUCAGAAUAUACGCUUAUCUAUGGUUCAGAAUAUAGACUAAUCUAUAAUUCAGAAUGUAGACUUACAUAUGACUAAGACCAUAGACCAUAGCUUAUGAUUCAGUCUAUAGACUAGACUUUAUAUAGACUUCAUCUUCAAACUAUAGCCUAACUAUUAUUCAGAAUAUACGCUUAUCUAUGAUUCAGACUAUAGACUAACCUAUGAUUCAGACUAUAGACUGCUGUCAGUCUAUAAACUAGUCUAUGGUUCAAACUAUAGACUAGUCUACAGCUCAGAUUCUAGGCUAGUCUAUAGUUCAGUGUAUAGACUUGUCUAUGGAUUAAACUAGUCUAUAAUUCAGACUAUUGAAUAGUCUAUGGUUUAGUCUACAGACUAGUCUAUGAUUCAGACUAUUGACUAGUCUAUGGUUCAGACUAUAGACUAGUCUAUGGUUCAGACUAUGGAUUAACCUAUGAUUCAGAUUAUAGACUAGUUUAUGCUUUAGACUAUAGACUAGUCUAUGAUUCAGUUUCAGAAUAUACACUUAUCUAUGGUUCAGUUUAUUGAUUAGUCUAUGGUUCAGACUAUUGACUAGUCUAUGGUUCGGACUAUUGACUAACCUAUGAUUCAGAUUAUAGACUAGUCCAUGGUUCAGUUUCAGAAUAUACGCUUAUCUAUGGUUCAGACUAUCGAUUAGUCUAUGAUUCAGUCUAUAGACUAGUUUAUGGUUCAGUCUAUGAUUCAGUCUAUAGACUAGUCUAUGGUUCAGUCUAUUGACUAGUCUAUGGUUCAGACUAUUGACUAGUCUAUGGUUCGGACUAUUGACUCACCUAUAAUUCGGAUUAUAGACUAGUUUAUGAUUCAGACUAUAGACUAAUCUAUGGUUCAUACUAAGGACUACCCAUGGUUCAGACUAUAAACUACAAAGCAUGUGAUUCACCCUAUAGACUAGUUUAUGGUUCAGACUAUUUACUACUUUAUGGUUCAGUCAAUAGAUGUUCGAACUGUAACUAAUCUAUGGUUCAAACUAUUGAUUCAUCGUUCAGACUAUGGACUCAAUGGUUCACUGUUCAGAUAAAAACUUUCUUUCUAUUCAAAAAUCUAUUUUAUGUCAAUUAAUCUCGAAAAUUCCUCCUUAAUCCCGCUCGAUUUAAAAAAAACUUAACUCGAAUAAAGUUGUAGAGAAACGAUUGAUAAAACCAGAUAAAACAAAAACCUAGAGAGACUGCCAUAAUAAUUUUUAUAAACAAAAUAAUAGCAACAAGUAUGAUAAUUAAAAAAAAAAAAAAAAAACAUUUUUAAA